AUGGUGAUACAGGUCGAACCUCCAGCCGCAACCGUGCCCAGUGAUAAGUGGGAUAUAAGCUUAGAUCCUCAGCUAAGACGAUUCCGAAACUUUCGAUUCACUGGUGAUUUACGUCCAUGGCCGACAACUCCUCAAAAGACUGUUCCUUCCCAUAUAGCAUGCCCGGAUUAUGCAGAUGAUGGUAACCCCAAAUCGGAAUCUGAUCUAAAGAGCGCCGGAACAAUACGAACUAAUAGUCCGGAGGAAAUAAAGUUGAUAAGGAAAGCAUGUGUAUUGGGACGGAAGGCCUUGGAUUACGCUGCUAGUUUGAUAGCUCCCGGGGUAACGACUGAUGAGAUUGACACGAAGGUGCACGAUUACAUCGUGAAACACAACGGAUAUCCGUCGCCUCUAAACUACUACGGGUUUCCAAAGUCUAUAUGCACGUCCGUCAACGAGGUUGUAUGCCAUGGCAUACCUGACUCAAGGCCAUUGAAGGAUGGUGAUAUCAUAAACAUUGACAUUUCUGUGUACCUAAAUGGGGUACACAGCGAUUUGAAUGAGACCUAUUUCGUCGGUGAAGUGGAUGAGGACUCUCGGCGCUUGGUUACUGGAGCCUACGUGGCAUUGAUGGACACCAUCAAACAAUGUAAACCGGGGAUGUAUUAUCGCGAGAUAGGAAACUUGAUAAACCAAAUAGCCGAUGAUUACAAGCUUUCUGUCGUAAGGUCUUACUGUGGCCACGGCGUGGGUGUAGAGUUCCACUCCCUGCCUAACAUCCCACAUUAUCGCAAGAAUAAGGCGAUUGGUAUACUACGACCCGGACACGUUUUCACCAUCGAGCCCAUGUUGAACCUAGGCAGGUGCCCUAUACAUCGUUAA